GGUUUGAAUUCAAAUCAAAUCCAGAGCUCUCUGUAGUGGCGCUCGAAAUUCUCUCUCUAGAGCCCCUCACCAGAAAAUUUAAGGGAACAAGCUUCAGUUCCGCCACAGAAGUCUACAACGGUCAUAUUCUUGCUUCACUUUCUUGCUCAUUUUGCUCUCUUUGCCGAUUUGAGGGAUUGGAGACGGAUCUUCCGCUGCUGUUUGGUUUCCAGGAAAAUGGUGGAAUCGAACCUGACUUACGAGGAAUGCCGACGCCAGAGGUUGGAGGAGAAUAAGAAGAGGAUGGAAGAACUUAAUCUCAACAAGCUAGCCGAUGCUCUGAAAUCUUCCAGCCCUAAAUCCUCUCCGCUAAAGCGUCCUCGUCAGCCACUCGAUAUCUCGUCCUUAAGUGUGAGAAGAUCCAGCCGUUUUGCGGAUAAGCCCCCUCCAAGCUAUAAGGAGGAGCCCAUUGAACCACUUGCAUGUUUAAGAAGGACUUAUCAAAGGAGGGAUUUGUUGAAUCGGGUUUAUGCUUCAGAUGUGGAAAGGCAAUAUGCCAUUGACAGAGCACGAGACCUUCAAUCUAGCCUGGAGUCUAGAUACCCAAGUUUUGUGAAGCCCAUGCUUCAAUCACAUGUCACCGGGGGAUUUUGGCUGGGUCUCCCAGUUCAUUUUUGCAAGGCACACCUUCCCCUUGAGGAUGAAAUGUUAACUCUGGUGGACGAGGAUGAAAAUGAGUUCCAAACAAAAUACCUUGCCGAAAAAACAGGUCUUAGUGGUGGUUGGAGAGGGUUUUCCAUUGAUCACCAGUUAGUAGAUGGGGAUACUUUGGUGUUUCAGUUAAAUAAGCCGACUGAAUUCAAGGUGUAUAUCAUCAGGGCAUACAAUUUAGAAGACAAAGAAAACAUCCAUGAGGAUUCUGAUGUCACCCAAUUGGAAAGUAAUGGCAAAAGAAAUACUGGAUCAGGUAAAGGAGAUAACGGCAAGGAUUCAAAUGUAUCCCCUUUGGAAAAAAGUGGAAAAAAGUUUACUAGAUCAUCGGGGCGUAAAACCAGGGCUAAUAAAUCUGAAGAUAAAGCAGCUAACGGCGAGGAUUCCGGCGUCUCCCAGUUGGAAACAAGUGGCAAAAGAACUACAAGAUCAGGAAGUAAAGGGAAAAAGUAGCUCAAGAUUUGCCUUCUUCUCCCCACAAGGUUUAUUAUAAGUAUCCCUAACCAAGGCUUUUUGAC